CAUAGCUACUUCAAUUACCUCGUUCCCCGCACAUCGACUCGGUACUGGUUCUCACUGUAUAUACCCAUGUUCUUUUUUCUCGUUAUUGUUAUUCAUUAUUCAUUGUGUAUUUAUUCCUCAUGUCACUUUUUAUAUUGUAUUUUUGUAUCUUUAACUCUGUAUUGUUUGUCUACCUAUGUUUACAGAGCACGUGACAAGAAAAUGUGAUUUAAUUUUAAUCUAGGGUUAGGGUUGUGGAUAAAGCUAGGGUUAGCGUGAACUGGAAUGUGGUCAUAAAGCUAGGAUUAGGGUUGUGGUUGAAUUGUGAAAAUAAUGAUUCCUCUCAGAUUAUUGGUGAUACAAAGGAAUCAGGAAGUGUUUGGUGCUUCCCCAAGCCUGACAAUGUAGAAAGGUGACUUCCGUGUGUUAGUAAUCUAUUUCACAUCAAUAAAGGGUUGUGACAUACGUCUCCUAUAAUUCAGACGGUUUAUCAGUGUCAUGAGCUACAAGGCAGGUUGAGCACCUUCUCAGAAGAUGUUCUACAUUUGGAUUCUGCGUCCUCCACCUCUCAAUUACAGGUCGUAUCUGCAUACCAAUGGCUCUGCUGGAGAGGUCAGUUCUAAGGUGUGUGCAGCCAGUGAACACUCUGAAACGGACAACCUUAUGUUAGGUCAACGGUAUGACUAUGUUUUUCUCUCAUUUCUUGCUUCAGAAGAGGGUCAGGUGAAUUUGUGGUUUUAUUUAAUCAGCCCCAUAUCUUCUAUAUUUAAUUUAGGUCAUUUAGCUGACACUCUUAUCCAGAGGGACAUACAGUUGGUGCAUUAAACUAAGACACCAAGAGGAGAGGAUGGGGAAUGGGACAAAUGUCGACAAUGCCAUACCUAAAUCAUACAGAGAUGCAUUGCUGUCAAUAUACACUAUUGUGCUCGUUGGAGGGACCAUCAGCAUGUCCCUCAUGAUCAACAUCAUCAAGUCCAACGUCCGCUCGGUGACCACUACAGCCGUUCUGAACCUGAUCGUGGUCCACUUCGUCUUCCUCCUGACUGUGCCCUUCCGCCUUUAUUUCUAUGCGGCCGGCGAGUGGCAUCUUGGUCCUAACUUCUGCAAGGUGGUCAGUGCCAUGAUCCACGCCCACAUGUACUUAGCCUUCGUCUUCUAUGUGAUCAUUCUGGUGAUCCGCUACCUAAGUUUCUUCAGGAGGUUCAAUCAGGUGGAGUUCUACAGGAGGCUGCACGCCCUGGGGGCCAGUGCUGCUGUCUGGGGCCUCAUGCUCAUUGUGGUGGUCCCUUUGACAGCUGUGAAGUAUGGAUCAUCUACAGAUAAUAAUACAACAACCAAUGACAACCAGUGCUUCAAUUUCGGAAGGAUCUUUGACGAGAAACAUACUGUGGCUGUGCUGAAUUACAUCAUCUGUGCUCUCAUCAUUGUGGUUACAUUGGCCCUGGCCUGUUGCCAAGUGUGGAUUUUGGGCUGUGUGUACAGAACUCACAGGGCGAUGAUCUUCUCUCAACAGGAGUUUUGGGCUCAGAUCAAAAGUCUUUGCUUUAUGCUGGUCAUUAUAGUAUGCUUUGUUCCAUACAAUGUAUUCAGGAUUUACUAUGUGAGUAAUUAUAAUGUCAGUCUCCAAAUGAAGAAUGAGUUUGCCCUUGCUGUCACGACGUUCAGCUGCUUUGACAUGUUGACUUUUAUAGGGAGGGGGUCGUUCAGACCCUGUGAUACAUGCUGUGUAUCAUAAGAAUAACAUGAGAAUGUACUUUUUCUUAUGAUAUGUGAUGUAAAGAAUGUAACAUGAGAAUAGGACUCUAUUUGCACCUUAAUUAAUACCAAAUUAUAAAACUGUACAGACUCUUUGUUAUACUUACUUCUGAUAUUGUUUGCUGUGAAGUAACAGUUACAUCAGUAUGUAUACCUCUUUCUAGCAGUUCCCUAAGUGGGAUACGUCCUUCAGGUUAAAUCAGAAAAGACAUGAAAACAAAUAGUGGAGCUGUGUUUAUUGUUCUUGUUGUACAGUUCUGGAACAUGAAAGUAUUUACAUACUCCCACCACAUGGAUGGGUUUCUACAAAUUAGCUAAACUGAUUCUGAUUUAACAGUCACCUACAAUUUGGCAUACUGUAACACAUUAGCAUAACAAACAUACAGUGAAUGAUCAAACAUUUUGUGAAUUAUCAAAUUUUGAUAAACCAUGCAUUCUUUAUCAUCUUUUUUUACAACUACAUUUUCAAGUGAAUUAUGUUUCAUUAAAAUGUACUCUGUUCAGUGUU